AUGGCGGCCAAUCGCACAACCCUUCUCUGGGCAGUGGAGGUGCUCUGUGUCGCUGAGUUUCUUUCCCAGGGCCUUGUGCUUUACCUGGAGAGGAUGAUUGGCAUUCUCGUGCGGGGAAAUCUCGCGUGGAGCAUUCAAGGCAGCAUACUGAGCACAAUUGUUGGAGUCAUUCUCCCAUUCAUGGUCAAUCUGCACUUCAUCCGCUGUUUCCUCGAAGAAUUACAGCCAGAAGCGGAAACCAUCGACUUCACUGUUAUCCAAAGGAGGCACAUUGCAAUUGCGAUCCUGUGCAUUUUGCUACUGGCCUUGGGCCUCCUCUUGGGAACCGGGCGUUACUUACGGACAAGUAGGCCCCCCGGCUUGGAGGACCGCCGUCGCAGGCUUGAAGAGUUGUGGAACACGGUUUCGGCACUCUUUGAUGCUGCCAUAGGCCUUCUACUCGCCUUGAGAUCUCACCAAAUCUUUUGGGAGAUUCUAGUCGUUGUUUCCCAGUCACGAAACAUCCUGGAAGCCAGUCUGGAUCAAUCAGGCAUUUCGGAGCGCAUGAAUCAGAUCUCUAAAGGCCGUGUACUAUUGGGCUGGCUCUUGGAGUUACAAACUGCUCAUACGACAAGAAUUUUAGAGAACGUCUUUGUCAACUGGGUUCUUGAUGCACUGGAUAAUCUAGAGUAG